GAGUGGCGAUCCUGGUGGACGUAAACGGUGAAACGGAGCGACUGUCAUUAAGAGUGUCGGAAUGAGAUGGUGCACGUUGCGUGCGGUGUGCAAAGCAGUGGCCAGUCCAAAAUAAGAUUCCGAACAUCCGUCGCGGCGGUGGUUACGUCGGUGACGUCGGUGUUGGUCUACAGUGUGCUGAUCUCGGAAGAGGGUGUGAUGCCGCGAUAACGCGGACGGGCUUCGCUUGCGCAAUGAUGUGUUCUCGCACUCUUCGCGCUCGGUCGCAGUCACACGUUCUACGCGGAAUCCGCUGAGGUAGAACCGGUAGAACCAAACGGCCGAUUCGUCGGAGCCCCGGGGUGCAGUGCUGCGAUGCCGCUGCAUUUCAGCGGACCGAGGAUUAACGCGUUGUUGAUGAGGCCCACGAUUGGUGGGCACGCAAUCUUACGCACGUCGAUUCGGUGAACAGAUAUGGGCAAGCAAAGCAGCUCGUGCUGGUGGUGCCUCAAGGCCGUCAAAUGGUUGCCAGUGAUCUUUAUCUUAACGAUCGUUGCCUGGUCUUACUAUGCCUAUGUAGUGCAAUUGUGUUACUAUACGAUAGACAAUUAUGUUCAGAAAGUUUUCUAUCUGCUUUUCUUCCACAUCCUGAUUCUGAUGUUUUUGUGGUCAUAUUGGCAAACAAUGUACACAAAUUUAAUACCUGUGCCAGAAAAGUUUAAAAUACCUGAUGUUGAAAUGGAGAAAUUGCAACAGGCUGAAACUGAAGAAACGCAAAGACAAAUUUUGGAAAGAUUUGCACAAGAUCUUCCAGUUACUAAUCGCACCAUAAAAGGAGCUAUGCGAUUCUGUGAAAAGUGUCAGUUAAUAAAGCCUGAUAGGGCACAUCACUGUAGCGUGUGUGGCACUUGUGUCUUAAAAAUGGAUCAUCAUUGUCCGUGGGUGAACAAUUGCGUAGGAUUCCACAAUUAUAAAUUUUUCAUACUGUUUCUGGCAUACGGACUUCUCUAUUGUUUGUUUCUUACCGCUACAUCUUUGCAAUACUUUAUACAAUUUUGGCAAGUGAAUGGAAUGGGUAGAUUUCACCUGCUAUUUCUUUUUUUCGUUGCAUUGAUGUUUGCAGUCAGUCUUAUCUCCCUUUUCUUCUAUCAUUGCUAUCUCGUUAUUCAUAAUAGAUCGACGCUAGAGGCCUUUAGAGCACCUAUGUUUCGGACAGGAAAGGACAAAGAUGGAUUUAGUCUGGGAAAAUACAAUAAUUUUCAGGAAGUAUUCGGUGACAAUCCGCGACUCUGGUUUCUACCCAUAUUUAGUAGUCUGGGAAAUGGUGUCGUCUACCCAGUAAGAUCGCAACACCAGGGCACACCCAAUACUUAUGACUCCAUGGGCAGUACUCAAAACAGGUCCACCAUUGAUCAAAUGACAUUGGUACAAGAAGCUACAAUUUUGGCUCUUGGCACUGGCACUGCUGUGAUAGGUCCUUCUGUUGAUGUCGACCAACCACUAAUGGAUGUCACAGAAUCUGUCUGAAUAACACCGACAAAUCUAUACGCCUUCUCAUAAUUGUAAUUUUGCUUUAUGAUAAUUCAGACGAUUGUAAUCCAAAAUAUAAAUUUAUAUUUAGUGCUUUCUUAUGUUUUAAUUCUCGACGUUAUGCGUUUAAGGCUAUUUUAUAUA